AUGCAGUUCUCAAAGCUUGUCCCUUUAUUUUUAUUUUUCACUCUUUGUUUUUCAUUUCAAACCCCUGUAUUUGCUGUUAAGAAGUCAUAUGUAGUGUACUUGGGAUCCCAUUCUCAUAGUGCACAAGUUUCUGAGGCUGAUCUUCAUUCUGUAACUCAAUAUCAUCACGACUUUCUAGGCUCUUUUAUUGGAAGUACUGAAAAGGCCAGAGAUGCAAUUUUCUACUCAUACAAAUACCAUAUCAAUGGAUUUGCUGCUCAUCUUGAAGAACAAGAAGCAGCUCAAAUUGCAAAGCAUCCCAAGGUUGUAUCUGUCAUUUUGAAUGAGGCAAAACAAUUACACACAACACAUUCAUGGGAAUUUGUGUUGCUAGAAAAGAAUGGGACAAUCCAUCCGAGCUCCUUGUGGACCAAGGCUGGAUUUGGUGAAGAUGUUAUCAUAGCUAAUCUCGACACUGGUGUUUGGCCCGAAUCAAAGAGUUUCCAUGAUGAAGGAUAUGGUCCUGUGCCAUCAAAGUGGGGAAAAGGAAAAUGUAAAAAUGAGACAUUAGUCCCUUGCAACAGGAAGCUUAUAGGAGCUCAAUUCUUCAAAGACGGUUAUGAAGCCGAUGGUAAUAAACUAGACCCCUCUCUGUACACUGCUCGGGACUAUGAAGGCCAUGGAAGUCAUACACUGUCAACCGUAGGCGGUAACUUUGUACCUGGAGCCAGUAUGCUGAAUGUAGAAGCAGUCAAUGGAACAGCUAAAGGUGGUUCUCCAAAAGCUAGAGUGGCUGCUUACAAGGUGUGUUGGGGUGAAGAUGGAUGCUACAAUGCUGAUAUAUUGGCAGGAUUUGAAGCCGCAAUCCAUGAUGGGGUAGAUGUGAUUUCAGUUUCGCUUGGUGGAGGGGUUCAGGAUUACAACAAUGAUGUAAUUGCAAUUGGGGCAUUCCAUGCUAUGCAGAAGGGAAUUGUAGUCGUGUGCUCUGCAGGAAAUUCUGGACCAGGGCCUUCAACUGUCACAAAUAUUGCUCCUUGGAUUAUAACUGUUGGAGCAAGCACCAUAGACAGGCAGUUUCAAACUUGGGUUGAACUCGGGAACGGUCACCGAUUUAAGGGAGAAGGUUUUACUAACUCAUUGCCUGAGUCUAGAUUAUAUCCCCUUAUUAGUGGAGCGCAGGCUAAGGCUUCAAAUGCAUCUGCUCAAGACGCUGAGCUUUGCAAGGCAGGAUCAUUGGAUCAUGAGAAGGUUAGGGGUAAGAUCUUGGCUUGUCUGAGGGGAGGAAAUGCUAGAGUUGAUAAGGGUAUGCAAGCUUUCUUGGCUGGUGCAGUAGGGAUGAUUCUUUGCAAUGAUAAGCCAGAUGGCAAUGGGCUCGUUGCUGAUUUUCAUAUUCUGCCCGCUUCUCACAUCAGUUAUAAAGAUGGUCUUGCUGUCUAUUCCUACAUUAACAGUACCAAUGAACCUGUGGGUUAUAUAACGCCUACACAGCAAGUGAUUGGAGUAACGCCUGCUCCAGUCAUUGCCUCAUUUUCGUCUGUCGGCCCGAAUCCUCUUACACCUGAGAUUCUGAAGCCUGAUGUUACCGCCCCUGGAGUGAAUAUUAUAGCAGCAUUCAGUUUAGGAACAAGUGUCACUGGUCUAGACAAUGAUAACCGUACGACUCCUUACAUCACUAUGUCUGGUACAUCCAUGUCUUGUCCCCAUGUUUCUGGAGUUGUCGGUCUUCUCAAAUCACUCCACCCUGACUGGAGUCCUGCUGCUAUCAGAUCAGCAAUCUCAACAACUGCAAGAACAAGAGAUAACACUCAGAAUCCAAUGCUUAAUGGAUCUUCUGAAAAAGCAACACCAUUCAGUUAUGGUUCAGGACAUAUAAGGCCAAACCGUGCCAUGGAUCCAGGCUUGGUCUAUGACGUAAGCGUCAACGAUUACCUGGACUUCCUCUGUGCCAGUGGCUACAAUUCAACUAUGAUUGAGCAGAUCUCUGAGAGUCCUUACAAAUGCACUAAAUCAGCUAGUCUUCUAGAUUUCAACUAUCAUUCAAUUGCAGUCACUGCACUAUCUGGCUCAGUAAGUUUGUCCCGAAAAUUGAAGAACGUGGGUUCGCCAGGAAAAUAUGCUGUUCAUAUUCGAGAACCAUAUGGAAUUUCAGUUUCUGUAAAGCCCAGGAUGUUGAAAUUUCAGAAGGUUGGAGAAGAGAAGAGCUUUAAGGUCACACUGAAACCUAAGUGGAAGGGUGCAGCUAAAAAAUAUGAAUUUGGAAGUCUAGCAUGGACAGAUGGUUUCCACUAUGUUAGGAGUCCAAUUGUAGUUUCUGCUGCUAAGAUAUGAUUGCUAUAGUUUUAUUUAGCUUCUAGGCGUUGGAUGUUUAUUUAGCUGCUACGAUUACAUUGUUUGCAUUACUAUUCAAUAUCAUUUUAAUUAGAGAAUACCUUUA